CCACCAAAGUCCUUGGCACUGUCAAAUGGUUCAACGUCAGAAAUGGAUAUGGAUUUAUAAAUCGAAAUGACACCAAAGAAGAUGUGUUUGUACACCAGACUGCCAUCAAGAAGAACAAUCCACGCAAGUAUCUGCGCAGUGUGGGAGAUGGAGAGACUGUAGAGUUUGAUGUGGUUGAAGGAGAAAAGGGCGCUGAAGCAGCUAAUGUGACUGGGCCAGAUGGAGUUCCUGUGGAAGGGAGCCGUUACGCUGCUGAUCGGCGCCGCUACAGGCGCGGCUACUAUGGCAGACGCCGUGGACCUCCCCGUAAUUACGCUGGGGAGGAGGAGGAGGAAGGGAGCGGCAGCAGUGAAGGAUUUGAGCCCCCUGCCACAGAUGGGCAGUUCUCUGGGGCCAGGAAUCAGCUGCGCCGCCCCCAGUAUCGCCCUCCGUACCGGCAGCGGCGUUUCCCGCCUUACCACGUGGGACAGACCUUUGACCGUCGCUCACGGGUCUUUCCCCAUCCCAACAGAAUGCAGGCUGGUGAGAUUGGAGAGAUGAAGGACGGAGUCCCUGAAGGAGCGCAGCUCCAGGUUCAUCGGAAUCCAACUUACCGCCCAAGGUUCCGCAGGGGACCUGCUCGCCCACGACCUGCCCCUGCUAUUGGAGAGGCUGAAGAUAAAGAGAAUCAGCAAGCGGCCAAUGGUCCAAACCAGCCGUCUGCUCGCCGUGGAUUCCGACGCCCCUACAACUAUCGACGCCGCCCCCGCCCCCUGAACACUGUUUCACAAGAUGGCAAAGAGACCAAGGCAGGUGAAGCACCAACUGAGAACCCCGCUCCAGCCGCUGAGCAGAGCAGUGCCGAGUGACCCUGGCCCCCGGGCACCUUCACCACCAGCAGGGUGACCUUAAGAAUUAAUGACCAUUCAAAAACAAGGCAAAAAGCACACCCACGACCUUACCAACACCAAAGAAACAUCUAAGCAAUAAAAUGGAAGACUAACCAAGAUUUGGACAUUAGAAUGUUUACUGCUAUUCUCUACGAAACCAACAACCACAAAGGGAAUGAGCCAGCAAGUGUCCAUCAAGCUGCAUCCCGGGAACCUGCACAGACGCAGGAGAGCGGCCUCCCCAGUUUCAGCAGCCACUAGCUUUAUAUUUUUUUCCUGGUUUUUACUGUUUUGGUAAUAUGAAUUAAAAGAAGAAAUAUUAAUACCACAUGGGGAUUGCCCCAACCAAAGAAAUCUGAAAUAUAUAGUAAAUGCUCUUUUUCCUUUGUUGUUCAUUUUGGAUGCUGGUGCUAAACUUCCAAGUGUCAUGAUUUAAGACGAAAUUUUAUGCCCUUAUUUAUUCCUAGGAUGAGGGGAGAACAUUUUUGCUUUCUUACAUAGCUCUCUCUGAAAUGUGCAGUAACAAGUUCCUCAAAAAUAAAAUUUUUACCUUCAAAGGAAAA